CAGCGUGGUACCGGCGGCGGCAGCGUGGUACCACCAUGGGCCGCAAGAAGAACAAGAAGAAGGGCCCGGGAGGUCGUGCGGGGCGGCUGGUGGUGACUUUCGACGAGGAGAAGCGAAGGGAGUACCUGACCGGCUUCCACAAGCGGAAGGUGGAGCGGAGGAAGGCGGCGCUGGAGGAGAUCAAACGGAAGCUGAAGGAGGAGGAGAGAAAGAUGAAGGAGGAGCGGCACCAGGAGUACCUGAAGAUGCUGAGCGAGAGGGAGGAGGCGCUGGAUGAGGCUGAUGAGCUGGAGCACCUGGUGACAUCGCAGACAGAGUCUGUCAACAUUGACCACCCGAACCACAUUGUGACUGUGACCACCAUCAGUGACCUGGACCUCUCAGGAGCACGCCAGCUGGGACUAACCACCCCUGUGGGGAAAAGCGAUGAAGAGAAAGGGGGAAAAGAAGAGAAAGGAGAAGAGGCGAUGAAAAAGCCUGUGAGAACAAUGCCCAAGAAGUCCAGAAACCCCCUGCUGUCUGAGAAGAUCUCUUCUCUUACUGCCACGCUGCACAUGCACAGCCGGAAAAAGAGAAAAGGAAAGAGACUGCAGCGGGGGCAAGGCCCACGCAAGAAAGUCCAGAAAUCCACCGGGCGAACAACUAAGACUCAGCGACGGAGGCUGACAGGCAAAACAGGCCAUGACCAGGAUUAGUGGAGAAGUUAGUGCUCAGACCAGCAGCUGGGACAGUGCUCCACAGCUGGCCUGCUGCUCUUUGGAGCCCCUUUGU